AAAAUCAAAAUUUAAAUAAAUAUUUUUAUAAAAUUCAAGUGUUAUACUAUUCUUAUCAGAAAGCUCAACCUAAUCGACAAACUUAUGAUUGCCAUUCCCUUGGAGACAUUUAUAAACAAAACCAUCACUAAUUCUGUGCUUUGCUAUUAAACUUUUGUGUUGUGAAAUACAUAUGUAUUUCGAUUUGGCACAAAACAUCCCAUCUACUUAAUCAGCGGUUUUCGGCUACAAGAGUUCAGUACUAAUUUGGACAUUAUACAGAAGGCAUUCAAAUAAUAAAAGAAUUUAAAAUCAUGGAAGCUGAAGCACUGGAACAUAAUGAUACACCUUUAUCAGCAAGUGGUUCCAAAACUGAGUCAUCAUCAGAAAUACCAGUGCUUAAUAUAUCCGGAAGGGUAAAGCCGAAUUUUAAUGCUCCCCGUAUCAGGCGAAAAAAGAAGAAAACUCCCAUCCCAGAGGAACCUAAAGUGAAUCCAACCACGUUUCCAGUGAUUCUAAGCAGGAUCCUACUGAAGAGUAAUGUGCCACCUGUAGUUCCCCCAAAAAUAAAUCUGGAGGACCACACGCAGUACCUGUGUUUCCUGUGCCUGGAGAAACCAGCCACUCGAAAGCGCGUCUAUCACAUGUUCAUAACAACAGGAAAGGAGUUGGGAAAGGACUACGAGCAUACAAGGAGGCUCUACGAGAAUCGGAAGGAGUUCAAAUAUGUCAACAACAUAACCGUGCAAGCAAUCUGUGCUCGAGCAUUGUACCACCGAGUUCAGAAAAAGUUCACAGAUGUGGAGUGGAACAAGCUGGGUAAUGUUUUUCAGACUGAUAUGGUCGGACACAGGGAUGUCUGGGGUAUUUCUGACAGAGUUCAUGCCAUGCGCAUCGAGGAACACGAAAGGCUUUUUAAUUACAUCAAGUUUAUACACUCAACAAAGAGCUAAUAACUAACUUUCGCAUUUAAAUUUCCACUAGUUUAAUUUGUGAUAUCUUGUAUUAAUUCAUUGUAUUAAAUCGCUUCUUUGCACACACUUUAA